AUGGCCCAAUCUACAGACUUUUCGCUCUUAGAUGCGAGUAUCUCCGAGCUCCAAUCCGCACUUUCUGCAGGAUCGCUCUCUAGUGUCGACUUGGUAUCACGAUACCUACGACGAAUCAGCGUCUACGACGCAAACAAUCUAAAUCUCACCGCCAUCCCGCUCCUAAACCCAUCUGUCUUCGAUGAGGCUGCCGCCUCCGAUGCCCGGCGGGCAGCUGGUCUGCCGCCACGUCCAUUGGAGGGUAUCCCCUACCUCGCAAAAGACAGUAUUAAAGUCAAGGGCAUGACCGUUGCGAGCGGUUCACCUGCAUUUGAAUCCCUUGUUGCCAACGAAGAUGCUGCCUGUAUUCAACUUCUCCGCGAGGCUGGCGCCGUGCUUCUCGGCCGGACAAACAUGCCCGCCAUGGCAUACGGUGGUAUGCAACGUGGGUGUUAUGGGCGCGCUGAAAGUCCCUAUAAUCUUUCAUACCUGGCCGCAGCAUAUGCUUCUGGUUCAUCAAACGGAUCGGCCGUCGCGACGACGGCCAACUUUUGUGCUUUUUCCCUAGGCAGCGAGACUGUUUCUUCGGGUCGCUCGCCGGCGUCAAAUAAUGCCGUUAUUGCAUACACACCUUCAAAAGGCCUUCUUCCUCUCCGCGGUGUCUGGCCACUUUAUCUGACAUGUGAUGUCUUAGUGCCUCAUACUAGAACUAUGGAAGAUAUGUUCCACGUCCUAGACGUUCUGGCCGUGUCCGAUGAAACCCCGACAGGAGAUUUCUACCAGGAACAAAAAUUGAUAUCCCUCCCUUCAAUCAAUACACUCCGACCGCAGUCCUUUUCAGAAUUACAAGAUGGCACAUCCUUGCGCGGGAAGCGCAUUGGUAUACCGUCGAUGUACAUCGGAGGCGAUGACUCUUCUUUAUCCCCAGCCAGCAAAGUCAACACCCGGCCCUCCAUAGUCAAGCUCUGGCAGAAUGCCAGAAAGGUCCUCGAGUCCUGCGGUGCUGAAGUAAUCGAAACAGACUUCCCGCUCGUUACAAACUACGAAUCAAACGCACACAAGGGCCAGCUCGUCACCGUCACAGGGCUACCAGAAGGCUGGUCCGCGCUAGAGCGGAGCGACCUCGUCGCGCAUAUCUGGGAUGACUUCCUGAUUAACAAUGGGCAAAAGGAUCUCGAUACUCUUUCGCAGGUCAAUCCAACGACUAUCUUCCCGCUUGCACCGGGGUCUCUCAAAGGUGCUCCAGAUGCAGCUAAUGCUUUGCGAUGGGAUGAGAUGGUUAAGUAUCCCCACCGGAGGCCGGCGUCUAUCUUUGAAGUCCCUGGUAUUCAGCAGGGAAUCCAGGCACUUGAGAAUGCGCGCAAAGAGACUUUUGAGGACUGGAUGGAUGGGCUUGGACUUGAUGCUGUGGUAUUCCCGGCUAAUGGUGAUAUCGGCGCUGCUAAUGCAGACUGCGAUGAGACAGCCUCGUUGUUUGCGUGGAGUAAUGGAGUCAAGUACUCCAAUGGGAACAGACCUAUUAGGCAUCUUGGCGUGCCUACUAUCUCCGUUCCUAUGGGUAUCAUGGAAGAUACGGGGAUGCCGGUAAACCUUACGUUUGCUGGAAAAGCAUAUGAUGACAACAGUCUACUUAGGUAUGGCUUUGCUUUUGAGACGGCAAUGAAGGGCCGUGUUCAGCCACCACUUGUGCCUGCGCUUGAUUCUGAUCACAUCAAAACUGGUCAAGAUCCUCGGCCAUGGGCUUCUCGAUCUACUGUUGAGUUGGUGGUCGAGACUCAAAUGAAGGAGAUUCACGGCACCACUGUUAUGAUCCAGAUUCAGGGAUCAGUGGUAUUCAAGGACUCCCAGCUGGAGUCUUUGCAAUGCCAUGUCAACGGUCAAGUGUGCAAGCCGGUUUUAGAGGGCGGUAGAUGGUCUAUCCAGGCUUCCUAUCCCGUAUCGGAACGUGACCAACCCUGGAAGAGGUGGUCGAGUCCUGCUUUAACACAGACUAUCGUAGUUAUCACAGCCCACACAAAGGCCGGUUCGACGGCGGGCAAGUUGAUCUUAUUAUAG